CUUCUUCUUCUCCCCCUUCCCCUCCUCCCCCCCACAGGAAUAGCACACCUAAUCCGAGCAACCCAACGCCGCCGCCGCCUCCUCCGGUUCCGUGCCGUGCCGAAGCCGCCGACCCCGUUGACCUCCCGGAGGAGCUAGCGAUGCUCCACGGCGUCAGGUUCCUGCUCUCCGCCGCCGCCGCCUUCGCCCGCCUCGCGCACGCGAUCGUCAGCACCGGCUGGGCGCUCUUCUUCAUGCCCCUCUGCUCCCCGACGUCGACCACCACGGCGGUCCCCGCGCCCUGGCAGCACCUGCAGCCGGCGAGGUCUAAGGUGCACCCGGCGGCGCUGGCCGUCGAUGACGGCAAGGACCAGCUGGCUCUGCAGGCCGUGUCGUCGCCGCCGCCGGCGGCCGUCGUCGUUGUUCCGGUGCUCAAGCAGCACGGAGACAGGGCUGCGGAGAAGACGGCUAAGGCGGCGCGGGGAAAGCCGCCUAGACUGUCCAUACCGCCGCCGGUGGCCUGCGCUCCCGGCGUCGACCCGUUCGGCGCGGCGGCGGACCGGGAGACGGACGUGGCGACGGAGGUGGAGGUGCAGGGCGAGGGGUUCUGCCUGGCGAGCAGGAGAGGCGUCAGGCACGCCAUGGAGGAUGGGUAUGGAGUCAUCACUGAUCACACCAUUGAAGGAGGCUCCCAAUUGGCCUUCUACGGUGUUUACGACGGGCACGGCGGCCGGGCGGCCGUGGACUUCGUCGCCGACAAGCUCGGCAAGAACGUCGUCGCCGCGCUCGCCGCUGCCACCACGUCAGGACUGUCGUCGUCGUCGCCGCCGCCGCCGCCGACGAGCGAUGAAGAUGAGGUCGUGGCGGCGAUCAGAGCGGCCUACCUGACCACGGACAGCGAGUUCUUGAGCCAGGGCGUACGCGGUGGCGCAUGCGCGGCGACGGCGCUGGUGAAGGACGGCGACCUCUACGUCGCCAACGUGGGCGACUGCCGCGCCGUCCUCGGCAGCCGCGGCGGCGCCGCCACCGCGCUGACGAGCGACCACACCGCCGGCCGCGAGGACGAGAGGCGCCGCAUCGAGAGCUCGGGCGGGUACGUGAGCUGCGGCAGCAGCGGCGUGUGGCGCGUGCAGGACUGCCUGGCCGUGUCGCGCGCGUUCGGCGACGCGUCCAUGAAGCCCUGGGUCACCUCCGAGCCGGAGGUGUCGCGCCGCCGCCUCACCCCGGAUUGUCGAUUCCUCGUCGUCGCCUCCGACGGCCUCUGGAACAAGGUGUCCUGCCAGGAGGCGGUCGACGCCGUCUCCGCCGCCGCCGCCGCCGCAGCGCCGUCGUCCUCGGUGGGAUCGUGCAAGGAGCUCGUCGCCUUGGCCCGGAGCAGGGGCAGCCGGGACGACAUCACCGUCAUGGUCGUCGAUCUGCAGCGGUUCCUGCAAUAAUAUAUAUAAUAGCUUGAGAACGAAGGUGCACAGAUCCACGAAAGAAAUGUUAGUUUCAUCUCUUUCAAGUUACUUUUCACUUUCAUGAUUUGAUUUUACUGUAAAUUAUUUUAUUUUUUACCCCAAGAGAUUGUACUACGUAGUAGGAUAUAUACAGGGGCUGCCUUCCGAAGAGAUGAAUUGGAUUGGACUCGUCGGAAAGUGCAGAAGAUACUAGCGUGACGUGUAAAAUAGCAUUGAUGAGCUCUUAUUGAGAUGAACUACUUUCUUUA